AUGGCCAACAAUAUCACAAACAUCAUCAGCAUCGUCGUCAAUGUGGCCCCCGCCCCGCCUCCACCCACAUCCGCCCCUCCCAACCCUCCUCAUCUCAUUCUGCCCCCGGAACCUCUCAGUCCACAGGUGAACAGUUGUUAUCUUGUUUGGAGGAGGGCAACCUCCAAACAAGGGGACCCGGAGAAUACCCGCUCCGAAGGUGUUAUUGUGGGCUUACAGCCCGAGACCCGCGUGCAGCCCGAGGAGACCCGCCAGGAGACCCCCGCGCCUCCCAAGACCCCCGCGCCCUCCACAACGCCUGAGAAGACGAGGGUGGACGCCUCCAAAGUUGCCAGCUGGACUACCGUGGUGCGCAACACCGCCCAUGGGAUGAAAGAGGGCUUGACAGUGCAGCCGGCGGUAUGCUGA